AUCCCAUCUCCAAGGACCUGCCAACCCAACGGAGCCAGUGAAGAAGCCCUGCAGUGUGAAAUUGAAGAGCUGAGAAGGAAAGACCUUGCUCUAGACCGAGAAAUUGCACAAUUAGUGUCUGAAGGCUACAGCCUGGAGGAACUGGAGAAGCACAUCUCUCUGCUCCAUGAAUACAAUGAAAUCAAAGAUGCUGGGCAGAUGCUUCUGGGCAAACUGGCUGUUAUCCGAGGGGUCACUACAAAACAGCUCUACCCUGAAUACGACCUGGAGCUCAGUGACUAG